AUGCUGGCGCAAGCCUAUGACGUUAUUGUCAUUUCUUCAGAUGAAGAAGAUGCCCCGAAUGUGUCUAUAUCGCAUAACUUCCCUCCUUCCCAGUCUGAGGAUUUCCACUUUGAUUCUGAUUUUCUCUCUGAACACCGUCCAGAUGCGCCACAUGACUCGACUCAAGUUGAGUCUACUGCAAGAGCUGCAGAGGCAGAUUCACAUACUCAGUCUACCAGUGCAGAGGAGAUUCUCUUGGGUGACCCGCAAAUACUUACUCAGAUGAUUCAGGAUCCACCAGAUCAUCUGUUGGGGCAAAACUCCAUGUCCCAAUACAAACCAGACACAUCUCAACUGCAAAUGCAACAAGGGGGCUUGGAAACAUAUGCAAACCCGACUUUUCUGAAUGGUCUGAUGUUUGCUUCGUCUGAACAGCGACCGCAGUCUCGUGCUUCACCACAGAAUCAAGAUGCGAAUGUUGUGGUUGUGGAUUUGAGCGACGAUGAUAUGUGGAUUUCAGAAGAAGAGGGUAUCCAAGCCUCAGCUAUAAGUAAUCCGCAGGCAUCAGUAGCAGGCCACAUCCAUAAUUCUGACGCGGAGUCCCUUCGGCGAGACGUCAGGGAAAUUCAAAACGCUCCUCCUAUAGCUAAUGGCAUGGACUCAGACUCGGACGACGAGAUUGCAGUUCUUUCCAAAGAAGAAGCAGAACGCACUGGUGCGUUCAAGGCAUCAUCUUUUGAAGCACCUGCUUACAACCAACCUGCCCCUGUCUUUCAUGCUGGUAGUGAAGCCUCUUCUUCGAUGGCGAAUCGUUAUGAAGAAUUGAAAAUACGGGAAUACUUCGAACGCUUGUCCAUGCAACAGCUUUAUCAACACGAACACAAUCUCCACCAGCAACUUAGAACGCUAGACGAAACGCGAGAUGUUAAUCUACGUCAUGUUGCUGAUUUGAGAGGACGUUUGCUGAAUCUCACAUAUGACCAAAUAUCUCUUAGAGCUGCAAUGAUGCGGAAUAUCACAGAUAGUCUACGAGAAACCGAGCAGAUCAUAGAAAACUCAAAGAAAGUGAGGAGAUACAGAGCUGUGCUUCAAAGCGUCAAGGAAUACAGGCAAGUUCCUCAGCAUGCCCGCCAACCAUCUCUGCCACAAAAUUUUCCAUUUCAGCUUUCCAAUUUCUCCUUUAAUGUGGUACCCAAAAUGGCUGAUUAUUAUAACGGAAUGCCAAAUGGUCCUAAUGCGACCAACUCAUACGGUACGAAUGUCAAUCCUUAUUUAGUCAAUGAUGAGGAUUCCGUUCAUUUGAGAAAUUUAUUCAACGAUAUUUAUAAAGAAGAGACAGUACAAGGAAUGGCACCCACACCAGAAUCUCUUUCAAUUCAGCUUUUAGACCAUCAGAGAAAGGGUCUUUUUUGGCUCUUAAACAAGGAGGAAGCAAACUCCGGUUGCAUUUUGGCCGAUGACAUGGGUUUGGGAAAAACUGUGCAAACCCUUGCUCUAAUCGCGGCUAACAAGUCAGAAGAUAGUCUGUGCAAAACAACUUUGGUGGUGGGUCCUGUUUCGUUGUUGAGACAGUGGGCAGCUGAAUUUCAGUCAAAAUUGAAAAUUGAACAUAGAAUGAAGGUAGGUUUCUACCAUGGUCAGGAGAAGAAGAAAUUGAACACGUUUCAGAAAAUGGCAAGGUGUGAUAUCAUCUUGACUUCCUACACUACGCUCGCUUCCGAGUUCAAACAGCAUUACGACAAAGUCACUGAAGAAAGUUUAAUCACCAAGGGCCAAAAUGUUCUACCUGAUUUGUAUUCAGGCGGUCAAAACUAUGUUUCGCCAUUUUUCGCAAGAGAGGCCAGAUUUUACCGUAUUGUAUUGGACGAAGCCCAAUACAUUAAAAACAAACUCUCUCAAACAUCUAAAGCUACCGCAUGUUUGAAGGGCAAACAUAGGCUUUGCUUGACUGGUACUCCCAUGCAAAACAGCAUUGAUGAACUUUAUCCGAUUCUACGGUUUUUGAAAGUUCGGCCAUAUGAUGAAGAAUCGAAGUUCAAGAGAGAUAUCUCUGUUCCUAUUAAAUCGAAUGCUGAUGAGAUGAGUGACUACAGGAAAGUACAGUCGAUGAGAAAAUUGAGGGCCGUAUUGCUGGCCAUUAUGUUGAGACGAACAAAAGACUCGACUGUUGACGGGAAACCCCUUAUUGAACUUCCCAAAAAAGAAGUAAAGUCAGUGUUUGUCUCCAUGGACCAGGACGAAAAAAAAUUGUACAAGGAUUUAGAGUUAGGUAUCCAAAAGAAGGCUAGAAAAUUGCUUCAGCGUCAUGGUAAAUCGCUGCAUACAGAUAUUUGA